ACAUAGUGAAUUCAUAUUGGUAUUUCCAAUUUAAAGUUAGGAUUAUAAGGUUUUUAUAUAACUUCUUUAAUUUUUGUAUCUUUUACACCAAAAGUCUUGGUUCCUAAUAAUAUAAUUACUACUUGCUUUCUCCUACAAUACAUACUAGUAUCCAAAUAAGGAUUCCAGUAUUAUUAGUAACAAUCUAAUUACUGAGAACAGGUUAGGAUUUCCAUUUAUCCCGCAAGGGAUGUAGAGUUAAAUUACCAUGUCUUAAAGUCAUUUGGAAAAGAUUUCAUUAAGUUGAUAGUGAGCUUUCUUUGUUUUAUUUUUCUUUUGAUUUUUAGAGUUAAGAAUCCUUUGGGCUAAAUACAUAAAGGGGGAGGGGGCUGACAAACAGAAAUGCUCCUGGGUUUCCAGCAGAAUGAAAUGAAAAUGUUGCAUAGAAAGCACACUAUAAACCACAAGAUCUAUGGGAAUGUAAAGCUCUGCCUACUGUGAUUAUUGCCCUGUGGCAAAGGCCAUCUUCACUCCCAGUUAGAGGAUGCUAUUGUCCAAGUUGUUCAGAGCUCCCCUGGCCCCUGACUCAGGGUUGAUUACUAGCCACUGGGGCCCAAUAGUCUCCUUUGGCCAUUUGACCUCUCCAUGUCUCAGGCUUCUCAUUUGGGGAGAAGUUAGAAUACCUACCUCAUAGAUUUUCUGUGUAGAUUAAAGGCAAAUGUGUACUCUAUUACAUAUUUUUCUUCUUCCCUCUCCUGCUUCCAUCAGGGAAGCUGUGUGGGAAAUUUAGACCAUUUAGAACAUGGCAACCAAGCAGACAGAGCCGGUCACCGUCAUUAGCCUCCAGAAGCUGAGCCUGGAGACCCCAGAGCCACAGCCAAAAGAGUCAAAGACAUUCACCGUGGAAGAUGCCGUGGAGACCAUUGGAUUUGGACGAUUCCACAUUGCUUUGUUUCUGAUCAUGGGCAGCACUGGGGUUGCCGAGGCCAUGGAGAUCAUGUUAAUAGCGGUCGUGUCUCCUGUCAUCCGCUGUGAAUGGCAGCUGGAGAAUUGGCAGGUGGCAUUAGUGACCACGAUGGUGUUUUUUGGCUACAUGGUAUUCAGCAUCCUCUUUGGCCUUCUGGCUGACAGAUAUGGCCGCUGGAAGAUUUUGCUCAUCUCGUUCCUGUGGGGAGCCUACUUCUCCUUGCUGACCUCUUUCUCUCCCUCGUACAUCUGGUUUGUCUUCCUGCGGACAAUGGUGGGCUGUGGUGUGUCUGGCCAUGCACAAGGGCUAAUCAUAAAGACUGAAUUUUUGCCUACAAAAUAUCGAGGCUAUAUGCUCCCCUUGUCUCAGGUUUUCUGGCUGGCUGGCUCCCUGCUUAUCAUUGGCCUGGCCUCUGUGGUCAUCCCCACCAUCGGGUGGCGGUGGCUCAUCCGCAUCGCCUCUAUUCCUGGCAUUAUCCUCAUCUUGGCCUUCAAGUUUAUUCCUGAGUCUGCUCGCUUCAAUGUCUCCACUGGGAACACUCAGGCUGCCUUGGCCACACUGGAGCACAUCGCCAAGAUGAACCGCUCCGUCAUGCCAGAGGGGAGGCUGGUGGAGCCCAUCCUGGAAAAAAGAGGAAGAUUUGCAGACCUAUUGGAUGCUAAAUAUUUACGGACCACAUUACAGAUCUGGGUCAUAUGGCUGGGAAUUUCUUUUGCCUACUAUGGAGUCAUUCUGGCCAGUGCCGAGCUGCUGGAGCGGGACUUGGUCUGUGGCUCGCGGUCUGAGUCUGAGGUGGUGGUGACUGUGGGGGACACAGAAGGGAGCCAGAGUCCCUGCCACUGCCACAUGUUUGCCCCCUCUGACUACCAGACCAUGAUUAUCAGCACCAUUGGGGAAAUUGCUCUGAAUCCUUUCAAUAUCCUGGGCAUUAAUUUCCUGGGAAGACGGCUGAGUCUUUCUAUCACCAUGGGAUGUACAGCCUUAUUCUUCCUUCUUCUCAACAUUUGCACAUCAAGUGCUGGCCUGAUUGGCUUCCUGUUCAUGCUGAGGGCUUUGGUGGCAGCCAACUUCAACACCAUCUAUAUUUACACUGCUGAGGCCAGUCAUCUGGAGAGGCUCUGCUUGCCUGGAGAGGCUCUGCUUGCCUGCUAUGGGCAGUGUUUGGACCUUUGCCAGAAUGUGGUCUAUCCCACAACGAUGCGCGCUUUGGGGAUGGGGACCAGCGGCUCCCUGUGUCGCAUUGGUGCAAUGGUGGCACCAUUUAUAUCCCAGGUUCUUAUGAGCGCAUCCUUCCUGGGGGCCCUGUGUCUUUUCUCAUCAGUCUGCAUUGUAUGUGCCAUUUCUGCCUUUACUCUCCCCAUUGAGACCAAAGGACGAGCUCUACAGCAAAUUAAAUGAAGACCUGCAAACCAAUGUCUACCGGAGAAGAAAAAUGCAUUUUGUGUUUACAAAGAGCUGUGGCACAGUUUUAAAGACCUGGUUUAAUUUCUGUAUGCUACUUGGUAAUUAAGAAACUGAUUAUGUAUUUCUGAAAAAUAAGGCACAUGAGAAUCAGGUGGGUUAAUUUUAUAUUCCUGUCUUUUUUGGGAGACUACAGAGAACUUUUGUAAAAAUAUACUUCAAAGAUGGGAAAGGUAGAUCUAUGGGAGAUGGGCAGGGGGAAGUAAAGUUUCUCAGAGAAAGCGCAUAUAUACUUGAUAUUCUCCCAUGAGGUUUAUAGCAAAAGUUGGACUGAAAUUUUGUAGCUAAGGCAUGAACUUGGGGUUGUAUCAUUAAGCCUUUCACAACAGUCACCAACUUCAUGGCAAAAAUGAGCAUUUAAAUUGUCUCCAUGUUGAUGAAAGUUGCUUAUUUAUAAAAUAUGCUUAAAUGAGUAUGAGUCUUGUAUAUAAUUAGGAAGAAGCUGGGAAUACAUUAUUUUUUCCCAUUCUACUUGUAUUCUAAUUUCAUUACUUUAUGGGAGAAUCUUUGAUUCCCAUGAUGAGAUUUAAAAAAAUGAAAGUGCAGCAAGCUCUCUGACAUCAUGUCACCAUUUGCCCCUUGUUAAGCAACUGCUUUAUGCAGGACAUCACACCUGUGCAUAUCACUUUAGUAGGUUAGGUAUGGUGUGGAAAGAAAACACCGAAGGCUUUUACAUUUAGAUUCGUCGAUUGCUAUUCAGGCUUACUGUGGACACCUCUAAAACUGGGGACCCUAUGGCUUGUCUCAUCAAUUCCUCCUAUCCCCCCUCUGCAGGGGAAAAAAGAACUCACUGCAACUAGAAUCAAGUAUCACUGUAUCACCAAACAGUAAUACCCCUGCUGUUUAUACCCCUGCUUCCAUAAGGGUGCAAGUCACCCCUAUUUGAACAAGAGGCACAAAUAGCUUAAAGUCAGGAAACUUUUCCUGUCAAGGGCCAGACAGUAUUUAAGACUCUGUGAGCUAAACAUGGUCUCUCUCACACACCCCCAACACUCCACUAGCCUUAAAAAAUGCAAAGGGGUGCCUGGGUGGUUCAGUCGGUUAAAUGUCCAACUCAAUUUCAGCUCAGGUCAUGAUCUCACAGUUCGUGAGUUCGAGCCCCACACUGGGCUCUGCACUGACGGUGUGGAUCCUGCUUGGGAUUGUCUCUCCCUCCCUCUCUCUGCCCCCUCCAGUUAGCUCUUACUCUCUCAGAAAUAAAUAAAAACAUUUAAGUAAUGUUUAAAAAUGUAAAAAGCAUUGCUAGCUCUCAGACUAUUGAAAAGAUGGCCAUAGGUUAAAUUUGGCUAACAGGUCAUAGCUGAAAUAAAUUUUUAGGCCCAAGAGGAAGCAGCUCCUGCCCAGGGUGCCUAAUCAGCAAACUGAAAUUUAGAUAACUUUCAUGUCCCUGUAAAUGUUCCACUUGACCAGAAAUAGUGUGUUCAGUCAGCUGGCACCAAGCCAACUGUGGCCGCUUACUUUCUUCCUUAUCUUUUAAUCCUAUAAAAGUUUCCUGCCUUCUGGCCCAGGUUGCAGGUCUCUGGACUCUUGGGAGUGGACAUUGCCUGCUUCAUAAAUCAUCAGAUAAGGUUUGUUUGAAUCACCUAUGUUGUCUUCUUAAAUCAUUUUUUUAAACAUAUAUUUUUAAAUUUUUAUUUUUGAAGGAGAGAGAGACAGUGUGUGAGCAGGGGAGGGGCAGAGAGAGAGGGAGACACAGAAUCUGAAGCAGGCUCCAGGCUCUGAGCUGUCAGCACAGAGCUCAAUGCAGGGCUCAAACCCACAGACCAUCAGAUCAUGACCUGAGCCAAAGUUGGAAGCUUAGUCGACUGAGGCACCCAGGUGCCCCUCUUCUUUAAUCAUUUUUAACUGAUUUUGGCAAUGAGGAUAAUCUGAAGCUGACUGCUAAUGGUUUGUGGGACAAUGAAACACACAGGCAAGGAACCUGCUAAACACUUUGAGUUCUCUGUUGCUCUAGUCAAAACCAAAGGCUGUGGAUGAGUCACUCCAGGCUUUGAGUGCAGCUCUCUGAUCUAAACAAACUAUAGGUUUAAAAAUAUAUAUUUAUAUAUGAUGAUAUGUAAAAAUAUGUAUAUAUUAAAAUAUAGUUCCCAGAAAGGUUCCAGACAAUUAUAGUGGGAAUCUGCAAAGAGAGGCAGUAGUUAGGGAACUCCUAAAGUUGGAGGUAUAUCCAUUGCAUAAACUUCUGGGAGAUGUGGGGAAAUAAGAAAUUUGACCUCUUCUAACCAAUGGCACAACACAAUGGAAAUAGGCACAAGUUGGACUAUUAAAAGCCACUGCUAAUAAGAAUCUUGGAAGCUAAAGGUGCAAAGUUGGUAGGUGGGGGAUUGAGCACUUAAAGAUGUUAGAUUGAAGUGGCCAGUGUGCCCAGACUCCAUGCAAGGACAUAUUGGUCACAGAACAAACACUAGGUCACUUAGCAACCUCAAGAAAAAAAACUCUGUGCAACAAGGUACAUAGAAAACACCACAAAAUCCUAACCUUCCGGUACAUCCCUCUUAGGUAUUAAUUUGGCUCAGAGAAACACAAGGCUUAAAGGAAUAAGAUGUUCAAGUCUCAGAGAACUGAGUGCUUUACCUUCCAGCCCACCUACUUAAUGUCUAAGAAGUGUGGUCUUGGAAGCUCAAUCUACUGACUAGAAGUGCACUUGAAAGGAAGGGUUCCCUUAUCAACAACCAGGAUGGGAUACCUAUUUUAAUUGGUAUGCAGAAGUCUCCAAAAUUCCAAAAUACAUUCACUGAUUCAGUGCAAAAGGUUAAUGAGAAGUUAAACAGACACAAGAGUUACCUAAAAGACUCUAAGACCAUGGGACAUCUACAACCCCUUCGAUCUUCCUUUACCUAGUACUCAGUCUACUAAUCCAUUACCUGAAUUGCCUUUCCACUCUGAAGAGACCACUGGGCCAUAAACAAGCGUCCUUGACUUUGGUGGCCUUAAAACUGCAACAGUUCCAAAGCCAGAAACCUAAGACAACAGCUGGGCCUCCUCUGUUGCACUCAUCCUGGGGGGUCCAUUAAAGCACAGAACCACAAAUUGGUGCAAUCAACUGUGACACUGGAAAAAAGAUUGUUCUUGAAGAUUUUAUCAAAUCUGUAUGCCUCCUUAUCUACUCAAAGGAGGGACCUCUGCCCCGCACCCCCCCUCCCCGCAGGCUAGGGUUGAUGGGACCCUGAGGGCUUCUCUUGUAAACCACUAUCAGUUAUUCCCUUAAACAACCAAGGGGAGGCUAAAAUUGAUGCAAACACUUACCAAGUGAGAUCCUUGGAAAAUUGGCUGAAGCUGGUGAAGAGUGAGUCUUCUGGGGUGGUUCAAUAUUGCAAGGAAUAUUUACUAUUUGUGCUCAUUG